AUGGGUGCCUCAGAAUCUAGUCUUUCAAGUUCACCGAAACUGACAGAUGAGAUCACUACUGUCACUGAGAGAUCAGAAGAUGUGGAUCCCAUUUUGGAGAAGCUCAAAUCCCUCAAAAUUACAAGGCCAAUAUUAACUUCACCUCCAAAGGAAGAGGGUAGCUUGACUGACAUUUUGGUGAGGAAGCCAUCGUCGUCUUCAGCUCCUGCAACUGUAAAUCCAAAUGUGUUAUUGGAGCUCUUCUCGGUAUAUCGCGAUUGGCAAGAAGGAAAGGUCCAGCAGAUUAGCAAGAAACAGGAGGAGAUAGAAAAUAAGAUAGAAGUGGCAGAUGCUUUGGCAAUUAAACUUCUUCAAAGGUUUAAUUACUCUGUGUCAGCGAUGAAGACUACUUCGCAGCAUCUAUCAGAAGUUCAUUCUGUGCAGGUGGAGAUUGGGGAGCUUAAAGGGAGGUUGACUGAGGUUAUUAGCAACUGUGAUGCAUUGUGCAAGAGAAUUGCUACAGAGGGGCCAGAAUCUCUCCGUUCAUCAGUUAAGCCAUUUGCAACUGCCCCUGUUGACCCAGAGAUCAGCUCUAGCUCAUCAUCUGUGCAAAGAGUUCUAAAAUCCAAUCCACCUUCUAAUGAAGCCAACGGCUACAGCUGUGGUAGCUGUUGUGGGGGGCCUGUGGUUGUUGGUGUUGUGGCUUUUGGUGAUUGGCUGCUGAGGGGACAGUUGGAAAGAUGGUUUGAGGUUGUGAGCUCGGGUUUUGGAGAGGGAGAGUGGGUUAGGGCUGAUGGCCGCAACUGGUGUUCAGCAGCUGUGAACAACGGCUAUGGCUGGACAGAAUUUUUGGAAAAAGGGGGGUGGGAUGCCUUAGCUUUGGCGAAGAGAGGGUGGACGGCAACGAGAGCUUCGACCAGUGGUGUGGUCGGGGUUUCAUUAAAGACAGCGACGAGACUGGCUGGACAUAAAUUUGAGGGAGAAGAGAGGCUGCCAACUGCUUCUCUCUCUUAG